CUUCUUCUUCUUCCGCUUCUGCUUCGGGCGGCUUCUGAACUUCACGGCUUCAAGAUGGUUGUUAGCGUGAAUGCGGCGGAGAAGACAAAAUCUGAAGCAUUCAAUUUGGUGAAGAACUCUGUAGUGUUCUCCUCGGCAUUUUCUCAAACACCAUUUGCGCCGCCCUUUUUGAGGCCGUCGAAACGCAAUUCCGUGCCGGUUGUUCCUCAGACUAUCAUUCGCGACCUUCAUAACUCGAUUGUUUCCGCCGCGGAUGAGUUCGUGAAAGGUCUUAACUCUUUCGCUUCUCAGAAUCCAGUUUUCAGAAAAGUCCUCCGUUUAUCCUCUGAGUUUCAAAGUUUCUGCAACGAGAUUGUUACUUGCAGGAACGAAUACAGGAAAAAGGUGAAUUUCUCGUUUUCGGAACACAAUUUUGCAGCGGUUUUACCCGGAGAUUCAGCGGCCGGAUUGGUGGUGGCGAACGGAAUCCUGAAUUUCUUAAACAUAUACAAUACGCUGUUGAUUGUCAGGCUGAUUUUGACCUGGUUCCCUAACUCUCCACCCGUCAUCGUCAACCCCCUCAGCACUUUGUGUGACCCUUAUCUGAACUUAUUCCGCGGAAUCAUUCCACCGCUAGCAGGGACAUUGGACCUCUCUCCGAUACUGGCGUUCCUGGUUCUUGAUGCAUUCACGAACACUGCUGCUGCCCUUCCCGCUGAGCUUCCGUUGCCGGGACAAUCGCCGACUACUUCGCAGGAGAAGUGGAUGAGAAGACUCCUUGGAAGCCGAUCGACGAGCUCCAAAUCCAAUGAUGCCGAUUAGAUCACCACUUCUUGUACAUUUCCGGCCAUUUGAUUUAGCGCAUUAAUCCACCCAACGUUUUGUUUUGUUAAGCCAAAAAAAGUAUAGUAAUUGUG